UGACAUUGUCUUAUCAUCAAACGGUCUCAAAGACCUACUUAAAUUCUGACGAUAAGGACGCCAGCGCUGUAUAACUUUCCAAGUCAUGCACGAACUCUCACAUUUCUGAUUUCUUUGCUCGGCUUCGCUCUGUGUCUCUCAUCGCAGUUACACUUCCUCUAUUGCACAGAGGAGCAGGUAGCAAGAAAUGGCGGUCGGCAAGGAGCAGGUGGAGAUCGUGAAGCCCCGCACGGACAAGAGGGAGUACAGACGGAUUGUGCUUUCGAACGCUCUCGAGGUCCUCCUCAUCAGCGAUCCCGAAACUGACAAGGCUGCUGCUUCCAUGGCCGUCAACGUUGGUUGUUUCAGCGAUCCUGAAGGUCUCGAGGGUCUCGCUCAUUUUCUCGAGCACAUGUUGUUUUAUGCCAGCGAAAAAUAUCCUCUGGAAGAUGCCUAUUCAAAGUACAUUGCAGAGCAUGGAGGUAGCACGAAUGCUUACACAUCUUAUGAGCACACCAAUUAUUUCUUUGAUGUGAAUGCCGAUUGUUUUGAAGAGGCAUUGGACAGAUUUGCACAGUUCUUUAUCAAACCAUUGAUGUCAGCUGAUGCAACAACGAGGGAAAUAAAAGCUGUUGAUUCUGAAAAUCAAAAAAAUCUAUUGUCUGAUGCUUUGAGACUGUACCAGCUUCAGAAACAUUUAAGUGGGGCGGGUCAUCCAUAUCAUAGAUUCUUUACAGGAAACUGGGAUACUUUGGAGGUUCAACCAAAAAAAAGGGGGCUGGAUACAAGACAUGAGCUUAUUAAGUUUUAUGAAGAGAAUUAUUCAGCCAGCGUUAUGCAUCUGGUUAUAUAUGGAAAAGAGAGCCUUGAUAAAAUUCAAAGCCUGGUAGAGCACAAAUUCCAAGAUAUUCGAAAUACUGGUAGAAGCUCUUCCUGCUUUACUGGUCAGCCUUGCAUGUCAGAACAUCUUCAGAUUCUGGUCAAGACUGUCCCAAUAAAAGAAGGUCACAGAUUGAGCAUUAUGUGGCCAAUAACUCCAGAAAUACGUAAUUACAAGGAAGGGCCAUGCCGGUAUCUUGGCCACCUUAUAGGCCAUGAAGGCGAGGGUUCUUUAUUCUACAUCUUGAAAACAUUGGGAUGGGCAACGAGUCUCUAUGCAGGUGAAGGGGAUUGGACUCUUGAAUUUUCCUUUUUUGUAGUGACAAUUGACCUCACUGAUGCUGGACAUGAGCACAUGAAAGAUGUCAUUGGGUUGGUAUUUAAAUACAUUCACCUCUUACAGCAAUCCGGUGUUUGCAAAUGGAUAUUCGAUGAGCUUUCAGCAAUUUGCGAGACGAUGUUCCAUUAUCAAGACAAGAUCCCCCCUAUAAAUUAUGUGCGUAAUAUUGCACGAAAUAUGCAGUUAUAUACCCCAAGAGAUUGGCUAGUAGGGUCAUCCUUGCCUUCCAAGUUCAAUUCAGGCAUUAUUCAAAAGGUAUUGGAUGAACUCACCCCAAACACGGUCAGAAUCUUUUGGGAGUCAAAGAAAUUCGAAGGAGUUACUGACAAGGUUGAGCCAUGGUAUGGCACUGCAUAUUCCAUCGAGAAAAUCACUGGUUCUAUGAUUGAGCAAUGGAUGCUAGUAGCACCUGAUGAACAUCUGCACCUGCCAGCACCUAAUGUGUUCAUUCCCUCUGACCUGUCACUUAAGGAUGCAGCUGACAAGGUCAAGUUUCCAGUUUUGUUAAGGAAAUCAUCCUUUUCAACAUUAUGGUAUAAGCCCGAUACGAUGUUCUCCACUCCCAAGGCAUAUGUUAGGAUAUAUUUCAACUGCCCCUAUGCUAGCAACUCCCCUGAAGGAAAUGUUCUUACAGACAUCUUUACACGGUUGUUAAUGGAUUACCUGAAUGAAUAUGCUUACAAUGCUCAGGUGGCUGGUCUUUAUUAUUCCAUAAGCCACACCGAUGGUGGUUUUGAGGUUACUGUGGUUGGUUAUAAUCACAAACUGAGGCUCUUAUUGGAAACUAUAGUUGAUAAAAUUGCAACAUUUAAAGUGAAACCUGAUCGGUUUUCUGUGAUCAAGGAAAUUGUAAUGAAGGAUUAUCAGAAUUUCAAGUUUCAACAGCCAUAUCAGCAGGCUGCGUACUACUGCUCGCUUAUACUGCAGGAUAACACAUUGCCUUGGAUGGAAGAACUUGAAGUUCUUCCACAUCUUGAAGCUGAUGAUCUCACCAAGUUUGCUCCCCAAAUGCUUUCCAGGGCCUUUUUAGAAUCUUAUAUAGCAGGAAACAUUGAACGUCAUGAAGCAGAGUUAAUGAUCCAUCAUAUUGAAGAUGUUUUAUUUAACAGCAAUAACCCUGUAUCCCAACCUUUGUUACCAUCCCAACAUUUGACAAAUAGAGUUAUUAAACUUGAAAGAGGCACGAGCUUCUUCUAUCAUGCAAAAGGUCUAAAUCCAACCGAUGAUAAUUCUGCCCUAGUGCACUACGUUCAGGUUAACCGAGAUGAUUUCAUGCUGAAUGUCAAACUUCAGCUAUUUGCUCUUACAGCAAAGCAACCAGCAUUCCACCAACUUAGAUCGGUUGAGCAACUUGGGUACAUUACUGCACUCAUGCAGAGGAAUGACUUUGGAAUUCGUGGAGUGCAGAUUAUUGUCCAAUCAACAGUGAAGGGUCCGGGAGGUAUAGAUGCUAGGGUUGAGGCAUUUCUCAAGAUGUUUGAGACGAAACUCUAUGAGAUGACUUGUGAUGAAUUUAAGAGCAAUGUGAAUUCGCUAAUUGAUGUGAAGCUUGAGAAGCACAAAAAUUUAAGGGAAGAAUCAGCAUUUUACUGGCGAGAAAUCUCCGAUGGGACCCUCAAGUUUGAUAGGAGAGAAUCUGAGGUUGCAGCAUUGAAGCAGCUUACGCAACAGGAACUGAUAGACUUCUUCAACGAGUAUAUAAAGGUUGGUGCAUCUUUGAGGAAGACACUAAGUGUUCGAGUGUAUGGGAGCCUACAUUCAUCAGAGCUCGAUGAGGAUAGGGGCAAAGCUGAUCAACCACACUCUGUUCUUAUAGACGACAUCUUCAGUUUCAGGAGAUCACAGCCUUUAUAUGGAUCAUUCAAAGGGGCCUUUGGUCAUGUGAGGCUGUAAGAAAAUCGUCACCCACCCAAACUGACAGUAAACGAAACAUGAAGAUUGUAGACGGAGCAUCGUCUUCUAAAUUAAACAAAUUGGGGCUGGAAAGUUUGCGGAUGAAGCAUGUGCCGGUCUGAGUUAGCAGGUUUGAAAUGAUAUUUAUAGGCAUGGCGCCAAAAUCAUGCAUUCAUGCAUUCAUGAUUUGUAUUCUUGGUUUGUGAUUGUAUUUUAAUUCAUGAAAUAAUGUGUAUUGUAAUAACUAGGAUUAAACAUUUUUUGUUAAUUGAGGAAACCAUGGAAGUCCUUGCAUGCUUAGUAGCAAGGAAAUUUGUCAGGAGUUGCAUAUUCUUUAGAAGGGAUGUUAUACAUCAUAAGAUAAUUCCCAA